AUGAAGCCUCACUUUCAGCUUCCCGACCAUCAAAUCGCAAUCAUACAAUAUGAAGGUGGUAGCAUCCAAGUCACCCCCGGAGUAAAGAUUCCCGAGAUUGGAACACAUCAAAUGCUGGUGAAAACUAUCGCCGUGGCUUUGAAUCCCUGUGACUAUAAAAUGCCAGCUCGAUUCCCCACACCUGGUCUCUGGGACGGUUGCGACUUUGCCGGGAUAGUUGUCGCUCUGGGUACGGAAGCAACCAAACUUGGACGAUUCCGUCUCGGUGACCACGUUUUCGGGGCUGUUCAAGGCUCAAACCAGGCAGACCCAGAGUCGGGCGCUUACUGUGAAUACAUAAAGGCGGAACCCGACUUUUCAUUUCACAUUCCAAAGGGGAUGUCCAUCGCCACUGCCCCUGCCAUUUCGGGUACGGCCAUCGCAACACUUGGAGUCGCAUUGUUCUGGUCUCUGGAGCUUCCGGGAAGUUUAGACAAACCUGUGGCUAAAGCGGAAGAUGUUUUGAUCUACGGUGGAAGCAGUACUAUUGGACUUCUUGCCAUUCAAAUGGCGAAACUUUGCGGACACCGAGUCAUCACCACCUGUUCACCUCACAAUUUCGAUCUGGUUAGAUGUUAUGGUGCAGAUUUGGUCUUUGACUAUAAUUCACCCAAGUGCGCCGAUGACAUCCGCGCGGCUACCAAGAAUACUCUACGCUUCGCCCUGGACCCUUUUGCUGAGAAUAAGACCUUGAGACUUUGUCACUCUGCAAUUUCUCGGACUGGAGGGCGAUACUGUGCAUUGGAGCAGUAUCAGGAACAACUUUGCACCCGCAGAACAGUUAAACAUGAGCUCGUUAUGGGAGGCGCCAUCGCUGGCCGCGGUGUCGAUCUCCCGAAACCUUACGGUAUUCCACCAAAUCCCAAGAUUGGGGAAUGGGCUCGGACAUGGUACCUUACCGUGCAGCAGCUAGUUGAAGAUGGAAGACUGAAGCCUUGUCCAUUUGAAAUUAUCCCCGGCCGCUUCGAUGGGAUUUUGACGGGACUGGAGCUCCUUCGGAAAGGGAAGGUCUCUGGGCGGAAGCUCAUUGUAAAGCUGGCAGAGUACGAAAAUUAA